AUGAAAGUGACAACCAUUAAAGAAGCUCAUGACAUCAACACUAUGAGGGUUGAUGAACUUGUUAGCUCUCUUCAAAUUUUUGAAUUGGCUAAUGGUGACAAGUAUGAUAAAAAUAACAAGAGCUUAGCUUUUGUGUCCAAUGCUAAAGAUGAAAAAGGACAAGUUAAUUUGGAUACUGAUGAGGGAAAAUCAGAUGUAGAGAAUAUCUCAUCUGACAUCAGUAAAAAGUAUGAGUCUCAAAAUGAGAACAAUACUAAAGGGGUUCAGUGUAAGGAAUAUAAAGGAUUUGGACAUGUUAGAAUAGAAUGUCCAACUUACGUUAAGAAAAAACAAAAAAAGGAUGACCUUGUGAAAAGUGCUAAGGAGUCUAGCCAGAAGGAAAUUUCCAUAGACAAAAGCAUUCGUAAAUUGGUCUCAGACAUUGCAAUGGGUAAAGCUACUGCUAAUGAUGCAUCAGAUUUUUUGACAUCUGAGAAAUAUACAGAAGUGAACAUUUUUGAAUUUUGGCAUGAAGCAAAUGCAAAAACAUGUGAGAAGGAAGAUGUUGAUCAAAACAUUGUCAACAAUGAAGAGUGUGGUUCAGAUGAUAAACCCAUUGUUGAAAAACUAGCUCCUGGUCUAGUUAAGAUAUUGAAAAAGAGAAAGACUAAAACUACUGAAAAUACUAUCUCAAAGUUAUUCAAGACAAACACUAUUAUGGGACCAACCAAGGGUUGGAGCAAGGUUCUGCUCCCUAGCUCAAAGAAGAAAGACCUGAAAAGAAAGAAUGAUGCUUCUAGUAAUUCUGAGUUUGAUGUUGAUACUAAUGUUAAAGACAUCCUACAAAACAUCCAAGGUAAGUUUGUGACAAAGAAGAGUCUUGAAAAUAUUCCAGAUAUUCCUCUAGAUAAUAUGUCCUUUCAUCUUCUUGAAAAUGCUAAAAAGUGGAAGUACAUCCACCAUAAUCGUAUUUCUUUGGAGCGGGAAUUGGAGAAAGAUGCCUUAGAAUGCAAGGAAGUAAUUGAUCACAUUAAUAAUGUUGGACUAAUUAAGAUUAUGACCAAGCUUGGGAGAAGUGAGGAAGAACAACUUAAGGUUGAGGUGUCUGAUAACACCAUUUGUAGAAAGAUCGCUGGAAACCAGGUUAAGGAGUGGCCUCGAAAAGAUAAAUUGUCUGCUAGCUAUGUGAGUGUGAAGUAUGCCAUCCUUCAAAAAAUUGGAGCUGCCAACUGGGUGACCACUAAUCAUACUCCCUCCAUUGCAAUUGGUCUAGGAAAUUUCAUCUACAUUGUUAAAAACAAAACAAGUUAUGAUUUUGGAACCUAUAUCUUUGAUCAAAUUAUGAAGCAAGAUAUCUUCUAUUCCGUAAAAAUGCCAAUUGUUUUCCCCACCUUGAUAUGUGGAAUUAUUCCUAGCCAACAUCCUAGAAUCAUAACUGAGUCAGAUAAUGUAUGCAAAAGGGAGUCUCCCCUAUCUUUCCAUCCCAAAUUAUUUGAAGGAACGCGUGUCCUUGACAUUGUCAUGACAUUUGCAAAGGAAAAUGUUGCAUCUACCUCCAAGGAUGACAUUUUUGCAUGCCAGAAAGUCAAAUGA